UAGUUUUCAAAGGUGCUCAUUGUAAAUCAUUCGAAUAAAAUUAUAGUUUCAGUAUCUUAACUUUUUGUAAAUCAUUCAACAACGAACCAUAAACAAUUAAUUUACAAUUGAAAACAUGGAGGCAUAAUAAUAAUAAUAAUAAUAAUAAUAAUAAUAAUAAUAAUAACAACAAUUAUUAUAUUAUAUUUAUUAUAAUAAUAAGGACGUAUAAACCAAUGUGUUGCAAAUAUUAAUGUAUGGCAGACCCCUUCCGUACUUCAGGGGCAUUGUCACAUGGAUCCUGUCUGCGACUCUUUCGAUCUAUUCCACGCCCAUUUCCUUUCGGCAUUUCAUCGAACACUUUCCCUGCUUCUUCUUUUUUCUACAAGCUAAUAAUACCACUUCCCCAAAUCCGCCAUUCUUCUUCUCAUCCUGUCUACAUCUUAUCUUCUUGCACACCAACAAUCAAACUAACAACAAAGACUUUUUGUUUCAGGUUUUUCCGAAGAAAUUGA